AUUAUGACCUCAUUUUUAUUAAUGCGCAUUCGAAGACAACACGUUCAAGAUGGCGGAAGAGAAGCCAAAUCCUCUCACAACCCGAGAUUUUAGUAAAGUCAUUCUCACACUAGAAGCUGUUCUAAUUCCAGACGACAAACUCUCACCCACACCCUCACUCCAAGACGGUCUUGAUUCAGAUACUGAAAUGGACUUGCGUAUCCUAGGUUGUGAACUUAUUCAGUCAUCAGGAGUCCUUCUCAAACUUCCACAGGUUGCAAUGGCUACUGGUCAAGUUUUGUUCCAGAGGUUCUACUACUCAAAAUCUUUUGUCAAGCACAAUAUGGAGGUUCUUGCAAUGGCAUGUAUAAACCUGGCAGCUAAAAUAGAAGAAUCUCCCAGGAGAAUCAGAGAUGUGAUCAAUGUUUUUCACCAUGUCAAACAGAUGAGAAAGCAAAAAGUUAUUGUUCCUUUGAUAUUGGACCAAAAUUACAUCAAUCUGAAGAAUCAAGUUAUCAAAGCAGAACGGCGUGUAUUGAAAGAAUUAGGGUUCAGUGUCCAUGUCAAGCAUCCACACAAGGUGAUUGUGGUCUACCUCCAAGUGUUGGAGUGUGAAAAUAACCAAAAACUGGUGCAGUGUGCAUGGAACUACAUGAAUGACAGUUUUAGGACAAAUGUUUUUGUGCGAUUCCUUCCAGAAACUAUAGCCUGUGCCUGUAUAUACUUAGCUGCCAGACAAUUACAGAUUGCUCUGCCAGAUAGACCAUCAUGGUAUUCCAUAUUUAAUGUACGAGAAGAUGACAUUCAAGAAAUAUGUCUAACAAUACUACGUCUGUAUGCUCGUCAAAGACCAAAUGUUGAAGAACUUGGAGCCAAAGUUAUGGAAGCCAAGAGGAUACAGAUGGAAAACAAGAAGAAAUCAAAAGGAAUGGCAUCAGACUAUGGAACACCUAACUCAACAUCUAGAGCAAAUUCACCAAAGAAUGUGAGUCCAAACCCAACGUUACUAGGAAGCAUCAAACAGUUGAAGUUAAAGAAAGAAAAAGAUGAUAAUACAAGGAAACCUGAUGGAGGCCUUAUUAAAAAUGGCAGCAAAAGGAGAAGAAGUCAUUCAUUUUCACCAGAUAAGAGAUCAUCUGGUAGUAGCCUUAGUCCACCCAGGAGUCCUAUUUCUAAAAAGAAAAAGCAUAAAGACAUUGAUUCUCGUAGAAUUAAGAAGGAAAAUGCUGAUUAUUACAAAGGUUCAAAACUGUCUCACAAAAGAAAGAAACAAGUGUCGAGGUCGUUCAGUAGAUCAAUGAGUAGAUCACCAGACAGACUGUAUAAUAAAUCUAGUCAUAAUAAGAAAUAUUACAAAGACAAGUACGAUCAUAAAGAUCGUUAUAAUGACUAUAAAGACAGGAAUGAUUACAAGGACAAAGAUCGGUACGAAUAUUCACCUGAAUAUAGGUACGUCAAACGACAUCGGAAUGGUCACCGCAGCUCAUCUCCUGAACGAUACGAUAGAUACCGUCGAUAAUUAUCAUUUCUCAAAUCUGUGAUACUGGUGCAAAAUUGUAUAAAAUUGAAACUGUCUUUCUAAUGUGGAAUUUAAUUUUUUACUGUUUAUUUGUAAGAAUCAAUUGAAUCAUUGUGAAGAUUGAUAUUAAAGUGCUGUAGAUAUUUAUUUUAAUAUGUACAUUGACAAUUAUUUUAUGUUGAUAGGGAUCAAUACUUGUGUGCAAAAGAGCAUUGUGUGAUACUGAAAAGAUGUGAAUGUGUAAAAGAGUUGAGAAUGUCAGGUGAUAGUGCUGUAUUUGUUGUUUCAAAGUGUAUAAAUGUUCUGGUCUGAAUUGUGACAAAUGUUCAGCAUGAUGAAAUGAAUGAUAUGUAUCCCCAUGAACAACUUUUGUAUGAAAGUUGUUCAGAGUUAAACACAUUUAUAAGUACUUAAAAAGAAAAACAAAAAGAGAAUAAAAACUCUUAUUAGUUCUAGAAUCAGGAAAAAAUUUAAGAAAAAACAAAAAAAUAUUUACUUCAGAUUCAUUAGUUUUCUUCACCAAUUUCUAUUUCAAUCAAGUUAUGUGAAUAUCUUUAAUAACUGGUUCUGGCAUUUACCUCCAUAUGAUUAAUAUAGUUUGCAAAUAUGUGUUCUAACAUUCUUCAUGUACAAUUAUUUGGGUAUUAUUACUUCAAUCUCAGGGUAUCAUACCACAUUACUGUAAUUAUAAAGAUCUGAAUCAUGAUAAAAAUUAAAAAAUAAAUAUUGAAAUAAUA